UGGGCACAAUACUGACGUGUGCCUUCUAUGCCCUCCUUACCGGAGCUGGUGCAGCCCUCAUAUGCAGGUACCGAGGCUGUGAUCCAGUUCUUUCUGGAUCCAUCAAAAGAUUUGACCAGUUGCUCCCAUUUUACCUUCUUGAAGACUUGAGUGCAUUUCCUGGGCUUUCCGGAGUCUUCCUUGCAGGUGUCGUGAGCGCUUCCAUAAGCACAGUGUCGUCACUGGUGAAUUCUCAAGCCGCCGUGUGGUACUUCGAUGUCCUAACACCCUUCUGCAAGGUUGGCGGCCAUAAUGUGGACAUCAUCGUCAAAGCGCUAGCUUUUGCAGUUGGCGGUGUCAUGACAGGGUGUAGCGUGGUGGUUCCAUACAUGGGCUCUGUCACAGCGAUGUUCAUGGCGGUGAACUCAGCAAUCACUGGCCCCUUCGUAGGCCUUGUCGUACUCGGGCUAACUGCGCCCUUCGCAAACAGCAAGGGUGCUGGUGCCACUACUCUGCUCAUGGUCGUCUACCAAUUGGUUCACAUGUCUCUGCGGAUAAAUUCUGGCGCUCGGGAACAGCGGAUGCCAGUAAGCUUGGAGUUCUGCGGAGACAACGUCACGACCACAUCGGGAAGCCUGAACUUUACUUUAACAACAUAUUCGGUAACAUCCGUGAGCACGUUUCCACUUUUCCGUCUUUCUACUUAUUGGAGUAGCCUGUUCAGCACAGUUGCAACAUACGUCGGAGGACUUGCCAUAAGUGUUUGUUUUGGUGGCACCAAUUUGUCCGACGUUGAAAUGCGCAAAUUGACGUCCAAUCUCCUAUUCCCACUGUGGCGUCUUUUUAGGCUGAUGCCUCCUGCAGAAAAACUGGAACCCACUAUCCCAAUGCUGGAAGGCACAACUUGACAUCCGACGUCUUAUUCCCGCUCUGGCGAGUUUUGAGGCUAAUGCCUCCUGCA